AUGGUACGCGAUGCUGAUAAUCCUGGAUAUUGGGCUAAUAGUUCUUAUUGUCCGAUUCAUCUCCAUUUGAAAAACCCUAAGCAGCCACAAGUAUUAGAUGAUGCAGAAUAUGAUGACAUCGAUUGUAAUGGGUCUCGCUUUCAUCAGCUCUAUAAAUCGGAGGCACCGCUACGUGUACUACAUCACUUACUUUCGACAAUUGAACGCUUCACACCAACAUCGUGA